UUCAACGUGCGCGCUACCGGCGUCCAAUCGCGACCGUUAGCCGGGGCCGGGCGACUGCGGUGGGAGAGAGAAAAUCUGACCGUCCGUGCCGGCUGAUGUGAAAAGUCACGAUACCGCAGUCAACCCACGCAACGCCCCAGCACAUGCACAGGCCUGCUAAGAGAAAUAUGAAGUUCUUCAUGUGUAAAAUGGUGACGGAUAUGUUGUGCCACUGACUGAGCGGGUGACAUUUGGACCGUCGUAAACUUUCUCGGCGCCUCAUAGCGGCACAGCAGAAGCUCCUCCAGGUUCGCCGUCCUCCUCCGAGCGGCUUUCCCUUCGCCACCUGCGAUCCUCGGCGGGAUUGGGCUCCUCCCCACCCAGCGCUUCACCUCAGCCUCACCUCCCCGCGAGGGAGCGAACAGCAGCCGCCAUGGUGCUGUCACAGAGACAAAGAGAUGAACUAAAUCGGGCUAUAGCUGACUAUCUUCGUUCCAAUGGAUACGAGGAAGCCUAUUCUACCUUCAAGAAAGAAGCAGAAUUAGAUAUUAAUGAAGAGGUAGACAAGAAGUAUGCCGGGCUUUUGGAAAAGAAAUGGACCUCUGUUAUUAGAUUACAAAAGAAGGUGAUGGAGUUGGAGUCGAAGCUGAAUGAGGUGAAGGAGGACAUGACGCACGGCGGACCCAUCGGUCAAAAGAGAGACCCGAAGGAGUGGAUUCCCCGCCCCCCGGAGAGAUACGCCCUGAGUGGGCACCGUGCUCCAGUGACACGGGUCAUCUUCCACCCCGUGUUUUCUGUCAUGGUGACGGCCUCUGAAGAUGCCACCAUCAAGGUGUGGGACUACGAGGCAGGAGACUUUGAACGAACCCUGAAGGGACACACGGACUCGGUGCAGGACAUCUCCUUCGACCAGACGGGGAAGCUGCUGGCCUCGUGUUCGGCUGACAUGAGCAUCAAACUCUGGGACUUCCAGGGCUUUGAGUGCAUCMGGACGAUGCACGGCCACGAUCACAACGUGUCGUCCGUAGCAAUCAUGCCAAACGGUGACCACAUAGUUUCUGCCUCCAGAGAUAAGUCCAUCAAGAUGUGGGAGGUGGCCACAGGGUACUGUGUGAAGACAUUCACAGGCCACAGGGAGUGGGUGAGGAUGGUUCGCCCGAACCAGGACGGCUCAUUGAUCGCCAGCUGCUCCAACGACCAGACUGUGCGCGUCUGGGUGGUCGCCUCCAAAGAGUGCAAAGCGGAGCUGCGGGAGCACGAACACGUGGUGGAGUGCAUCGCCUGGGCCCCUGACAGCGCCCACCCCACCGUCCUGGAGGCCACAGGCUCAGAGAGUAAAAGGAGUGGAAAGCCUGGCCCCUUCCUGCUCUCCGGCUCCAGAGACAAAACGAUUAAAAUGUGGGACGUCAGCAUCGGGAUCUGCCUCAUGACUCUGGUGGGACAUGACAACUGGGUGCGUGGGAUACUGUUUCAUCCUGGAGGACGAUUCAUCGUGAGCUGCGCCGACGACAAAACAAUCCGGAUCUGGGACUACAAGAACAAACGCUGCAUGAAGACCUUAUCUGCUCAUGAACACUUUGUUACCUCUUUGGAUUUCCACAAGACGGCUCCAUACGUGGUUACGGGCAGCGUCGAUCAGACAGUCAAAGUCUGGGAAUGUCGCUAAGACUGCCACCAUCUCUCCCCCCCUACCCUGCUGCCCCCGAUUCCAAGGAUUUAAAAAAAGAGAAAAACCAAAAAAAGAUCCCCGCCGCGCCAUGCUAGCCGCCGCUCCUCAGCUCCCUCCGCCCCGACGUCCAGCCCUUCACCUCUCGCACUCCAAAUCAUAGUUGACCAAUGCGCUUUACCUUCCCCUCGCUCCUCCCUACAUCGAUCCAGCCCCAUUAAGAUGACUAUUGUCCUUUUUGUGUAAAUUAUUCUGGAUGUAGGAUACGCUUAAUAAAUGUCACGCAAAUCUCUGACACAUAAACACUCAAAAUGAUAAUAAAUAUCUUUGCAUGGUGACUCAAACAAGAAAAAAUAAAUAAUUCAAUACUGUUAGAUUUACAAAUUUC